UCAGCUCCUUCCGGUGUUGCAGCGUCUGCUGUGUUGUCAAAAUGGAUGAACACGAAAAUCUCCAGAACCUCCAUCAUCCUCACCACCACCACCAUCAUCAUCACUUCUCCCUGUGUUUCUGUGACUUAAUGAGGUUGUUGUGGUCCCUGAUAGUCCCAUGUGUCUAUCUCAGCCUGGUCCUGACUCUGGUCCUCCUCCUGCUCCUCAUGGGGGUCCGCAUGUGGCUGCAGAGCCGCAGGAAGGCACGCCGGGCUCCAGACGGCGGCCCUUCGGUGGCUUUUUUCCAUCCGUACUGUAACGCUGGUGGAGGAGGGGAGAGAGUCCUCUGGUGUUCUUUGAGAGCCCUCAUGAACAGAUAUCCCCGCUUCUCCUUCGUGGUCUACACCGGCGAUCAGGGAGUGACGGGGGAGCAGAUUCUGGAAGGAGCCCGAGAGCGUUUUAACAUCACGCUGCCCCGACCAGUCACCUUCAUCUUCCUGCGUCACCGGGCACUGGUGGAGGCGGUGUCCUACCCCCACUUUACCCUGCUGGGCCAGAGCGCCGGAUCCAUGUUCCUUGGCUGGGAGGCUUUAACAGCCUUUGUUCCUGACCUGUUCGUGGACUCGAUGGGUUACGCCUUCACUCUGCCCAUCUUUAGAUAUCUUGGAGGAUGUAAGGUGGCGAGCUACGUUCACUAUCCCACCGUCAGCACUGACAUGCUGUCUGUGGUCAGAGAGAGGAACCCCAGAUUCAACAACGCUGACUUCAUCUCCAGAAACCCGGUACUGAGCGCCAUGAAGGUCGUCUAUUACUGCUGCUUCGCCCUCCUCUAUGGCCUGGCGGGCUCCUGCAGUGAUGUCAUCAUGGUGAACUCCACCUGGACGCUCGGACACAUCCUGGCUCUGUGGCGCUCCCCAAGCCGCACCAGCAUCGUGUACCCACCCUGUGACGUCAGAGCGUUCCUGGAUGUCCCGUUGGAGGAGGAGGAUGAGGACGAGGGGGAGGAGGGCUGGGAGGAACUCGGGCGGGAGCUGGGGAGUGAAGAGGAGGGAGGCGGAGGGUCAGGAGGAGGAGACAGGAAGUGCCACUCCAUCGUCUCCGUGGGUCAGUUCAGACCGGAGAAAGAUCACCGGCUGCAGAUUCGGGCGUUUCAUAAACUGCUUGACAGGAAAGUGGAGGGGCCUGGGGGGCGGGAGUCUCUGCGGCUGGUGCUGAUUGGUGGAUGUAGGAAUCAGGAGGAUGAGGAGCGGGUGCUGAUGCUGAGGGGGCUCUGCGAGGAGCUGGGUGUGUCCGACCGCGUUGACUUCAAACUCAACAUCCCGUUUGACGAGCUCAAGAGAGAGCUGGUGGACGCCACCAUCGGCCUGCACACCAUGUGGAACGAGCACUUUGGCAUUGGUGUGGUGGAGUGCAUGGCUGCAGGCACCAUCGUCCUCGCUCACAAAUCCGGCGGUCCAAAGCUCGACAUUGUGGUCCCAUUUGAGGGCGCACAGACGGGCUUCCUGGCUGACAGUGAGGACAGCUACGCUGCCGCUAUGGAAACCAUCCUGGCUCUCUCUCCGUCAGCCAGACUGGAGAUCCGACAAAACGCCCGGCGCUCUGUGGAGCGGUUCUCUGACCAGGAGUUUGACUCGUGUUUCCUCUCCGCCAUGGAGACUCUGAUGAGGAGACUGGAGCGAUGAGGACGAGCAGAGGAGGAGUCCACCAUAACUAUCAUUAUUUAAUUUAAUUAUCAGAGCUGC